CUUCAGAGGAGUCAAUGGCUGGGAAUGGUGGAAAGAAGAGGAAAAGGCUGGGGGAACAAGUUGUGGUUGAAGAUGAUGAUGGGGUUGGUUUCAGGAAUGCCAAUACAGGCAAAAAUGUUGUCAAUGAGUCACUAGAUGAUGAUAUAGAACAAGCACAUAGCAGUACAUGGUUGGAUAAGAGGGAAUCAAGGGCCCUGAAAAUUUUGACAUACAAUGUUUGGUUUCGUGAAGAACUGGAGUUGCAUAAACGUAUGGAAGCUAUAAGCGAUCUCAUUGAGUUGCAUUCCCCAGACAUCAUAUGUUUUCAGGAGGUCACUCCCAGAAUUUACGACAUCUUUCAGGGAUGUAGAUGGUGGAAGGUGUAUCGUUGCUCUGUGCCUAGUGAUUUGGCAUUUUCCAGGCCAUACUUCUGUAUGCAGCUAACAAAACUCUCAGUGAAAAACUUUAGCUGCAAACCUUUUGGCAAUUCAAUAAUGGGGAGAGAACUCUGUGUUGCUGAGAUUGAAGUAGAGAAAGAAAUGAGAUUGGUAGUUGCGACCAGCCAUCUCGAGAGCCCAUCCCCCGCUCCACCUAAGUGGGACCAGAUGUUCAGCAAAGAACGUGUGGCUCAGGCGAAGGAGUCCAUCAACCUCCUUGACCAACACCCAAAUGUUAUAUUUUGCGGGGAUAUGAACUGGGAUGACAAGCUGGACGGACCGUUUCCUUUAAAGGACGGAUGGGUUGAUGCUUGGUCUGAGCUAAGGAGUGGAGAGGUGGGGUACACUUACGACACAAAGACAAAUCAGAUGUUGAGCGGGAAUAGGUCACUGCAGAAAAGACUCGACAGGUUCUUGUGCAGCCUCAAGGAUUUCAGGAUACAUAAGAUUGAGAUGAUUGGGAAGGAUCAGAUAUCGGGCUUGUCUUAUUGUAAAGAAAAGAAAACGAGGAAUGCAGUUAAGAAGCUAAUGCUACCUGUUCUUCCAAGCGACCACUAUGGCUUGCUUCUGGAGAUUCUUCGUCUGUAAUUAGUGGUAAAUGGAUAUUAACUGCCUUAGCUUUUGGUCACUUCAGGGUUUGUCAUUUGUGUAGUUAGUGUUUUGGGGGUCACUCAAAUGCUGCCUGAACUAACACAAAUGUGCAGUUUUGUAUAGGCAAUGAAAAGGGUGUAACCAUAAUUGUAACCGGGCAUGUCCGGUUCGUUAUACACUGGCGGUUUAUGUCUGCUUCUGUGGCCGUCACUAGCCGGUUUCAUAGCCUAUUAAAAGAUCCAGGUACCGGAACUGGUCUGGAUUGGUUCUAUUUUGGGAGAAUGGGAAUUGAUUUAGGAUGGUUUGUGGUACAACUAUGGUUUAUUUCUGGAGAUUCUUCGUCUAUAAUUAGUGGUAAAUGGAUGUUAAUUGCCUUAACUUUUGGUGAGUGAUGAGGGCCUUGUCAUUUUGUAAUUAUCUUUAUUAUCGUCUAUACAUUAAAAAUUCA